AUGAGUUUUGGAUUCAGAACUCCGCAUCUUCAAGCUCACAAAGCCCCACUUUGUCUCAAAACCAAACUCUCUCUCUUUCCUCGUUGUUUGCUUCCAAACCAAACUCUUUCUCAAAAGCAAAGAAAACAAGAUUUGUUCUGUUUGAGGGCUACUAAGAGUAGUGAUGAUGAUCUUGAAAGCACUCGACCUUUGACACAGUUUUCUCCUUCUCUUUGGGGAGACUACUUUCUCUCCCUUCCCAUUGACCACUCUGAAUCUGAUGAAAUAGCAAGAGAGAUUGAAUCGUCGAUGAAACCGAACGUGAGAGACAGGCUCAUGUCUUGUCACAACAGCAACAAGGACAAGAUUCGUUUAAUCCAUUUGCUUAUCAGCCUUGGUAUCUCGCAUUACUUCGAGACCGAGAUUGAGAUGAUCCUAAACCAGGCUUUUGAAGAUCUUGACAUACUAAUGGCAGAGGAGGAGGAUUUGGAAACAGUCUCCAUCAUGUUUGAGGUCUUCCGACUCUACCAGCACAAGAUGUCUUGCGAUGUCUUUGAUAGAUUCAAAGGUGAAGAUGGGAAGUUCAAGGAGAGUUUACUCGGGGAUAUUAGAGGAUUGCUACAGUUGUACCAAGCAGCGUAUCUCGGGACUCCCUCUGAAGAUAUAAUGGAGGAAGCAAAGAGUUUCACUAGGAACCAAUUGGAGUCUUUGGUAGUCCAAGAAACGAGUAUUAUUAAUCCCCAUCUCUCUACACAUAUUCGUAACGCCUUGUACAGACCUCGAUAUCAUAACAUGGAAAUACUAUCCAUAAGAGAAUACAUUUCUUUCUACGACCAAGAAGAAGGUCAAGACGAGAUGCUUCUCAGAUUUGCAAAGCUUAGCUUCAACUAUUGCCGGUUGCUUUACAUCCAAGAACUCAAAACUCUCACCAAAUGGUGGAAUGAUCUAAACCUUGCAUCUAAGCUUCCUUACAUCAGGGAUAGAAUUGUGGAGGUCUAUUUCCCUGCAUUGGGACUCUAUAUCGAGCCACGAUAUUCACUUGGGAGGAUUAUAGCAACUAAAAUUAUCAUGGUCACGGUUGUUUUGGACGACACAUGUGAUGCAUAUGCCACUUUCCCUGAAGCUAAAAGUCUCAUCGAGUCUGUGCAAAGGUGGGAUCUUGGUGCAAUUGAUGAACUGCCAAGCUAUUUGAAAGUUGUCAUCAGAGCUUUAGUGGAAACUGUGGACGACAUUGAAAAAGAAAUGAAGCCACGAGGAAGAUCCGCUAGCGUGCAGCAAGCGAUAGAUGAGAUUAAGAGUUUGGGGAGAGCGUACCUAGCGAUAUCAAAAUGGGCACGCAAAGGUCAUGUGCCAACUUUUGAUGAGUACAUGGAAGUUGGGCUGGUCAGUGGAGGUAUGAAUGACUAUGCAGCAGACGGUUUUAUCGGUAUGGAAGACUGUGAUGAGAAGCAAACGAACGAAUGGUUCAAUUCUGAACCAAAGAUCUUCGACGCUUUGAGUACUAUCUACCGUCUAGGAAACGACAUAGCCAGCUUCGAGGGAGAGCUGAGCAGAGGAGAGGUAGCAAAUGGUGUAAACUGUUACAUGAAACAGUAUGGGGUUACGAAAGAUGAAGCGUUUAGGGCACUGGAGAAGAUGUGCAGAGAUAAUUAUAAGAUAGUGAUCGAGGAGUUCUUGAACACAACUUGUGUACCACGGCAGAUUUUGCUGCGAUGUCUCAACAUUCCACGAGUGAUCGAUGUGUAUUACAAGGAGGGUACUGAUGAUUUCACCAAUCCUCAUGGAACUCUCAGAGAACACAUAACUUCUUUCCUACUCCAACCCAUUCCGCUUUAA